GCGGAGGCGAGGAAUCCAAUCAAUCGUCGUUAGCGGCGGUGGUGCAGCGAUGGAGAUAGGCAUGAGACCCGUGGAAGCGGCGCCGGAUGAGGAGAGGAUAACAGCGGAGGUGAGGGUGCGUACGGUGGCUGUUGUUGCGGCGGAGAGGGCGGCGCAUCAUAUGAGGCUGGAGGAAAGGAGGAUGGCAGAAAGGGGUUUACAGGAAGAAGACGGAGAGGAUGUGGAGUACGACUUCUUCGCCGUCGAGGCUAGCCAGUUUAGGGAGACAUGGAACCAGCGAUAUUCGAGCUACUACGGUUGCUUCGAAGACACUACAAAGAUCCCAAACAAGCGUUUCACGUACAUGAAGCCUCAUGACCAUGCUAUGCCAAGAACUACCCUGCAGGUCUUUUCACUCAAAAUCGCAAAGCUGAGAGUGCCUUCACAGUGGCCGCUUCAGGUGUUUGGGAUGGUUGCCAUACGUGACUGCGUCGAUCACAAUCGCAAUAUCAUCUUUGACCGCGCAAGAGACAACUGCCAAACCGUUACCCGAGAGGAUCCAUAUUUGAAACUGACCGGCCCUACACGUUCUGUUGUGGUGUUGGACCCUGCGACCUUUGAGGUUGAUCUGAAAGUUAAGGGUACUACUGAGUCUGAGGAUCAAUGGUUGAGUUUUCUAGCUGUAACUUACCGCCACUUCUCUCGGUUUGACUCGCACCUUCUGGAAAGGGAUUAUGCUAGCAAGCUUAGCGAACUACAGUUUCAACUUGGCUCUAUUAUUUAUUCAGUGGAGGCAACAAUCGAGGUGCGAAUUACUAGUGGAUCAUGGCCACAUGGUUUACGAGCCCAGUUUACUGCCGGUACAGCCAGCAUACCUGGUGCAGAACUCAUCUUACUAGAUUCUGGUGACCAUGGAGUGCCAGUUGCUGAAAUUGGAAGACGUAUUGAGCUUUCGCGUUGUGUUGCAUCUGUUGAAGUUGAUGGCGAGCUGAGGGUUCGUGUGAAGGCAUUUCUAGGUGAUAAGAUUGUGGUAAACAGAGUGAAGGCUUUUAAGUCUCGCACAACUGGUGUAAGCAACGAGAGUCUUAGGGUUCACUUCGACAGAGAGAUUUCCCAGGCUCAGACAGCUGAUGAAGGUGAGAUUUCCAAGGCUAAUACAGCUGGUAAAGGCGUCGGGCCUCUUGGGGUUGACUUCCUUGGCUGCUGCACAUUUGGUUUUAAUAUCUCCUGGUCGGUUAUUUCGUCACGGUGAUUGUCGUUUCUGUUGUAUCCCAUUCAUUAGUACAUGAUACAUGAUAUUGUGAUAUGAGGUGUCUGGAAUAGAUCGAGUUGUUUUUUUUUCCCUUCUUUUUCGCCUGGGUGUGACAAUUUUCAAGAGAUGGUGCCGUCUUUUUUUUUUA